GGAAGAGGAGGAGGAAAUUAGCCUAGCGUGGGGGUGGGGUAUUCCUCGGUGGGAGAGGCUUGGCUGGAAGCAUCAGAUUACACUUGAUCAGCCUGUCCCGGGUUGAUCUCCCCGACCUAUUCCUUCCUGGCCUCCCUCACUGACUGCCAGUCUCUCCGCCUUGUUAGUAGCCGGCUUGUAGCUGAUUAGAGUUGCUAAGCAAAAUCACUUCCCUGGCGUUAGGAACAAGCGUCUCCUGCUCCCAACUCUGUUUCAAGAGGAUCAGCCUUAAGAGAUUAAGAAAUGGCAUUUCAAAAAGCUAUCAGAGGGACAGCCCUGGUUGGAGGAGGUGCACUUGCCACUGUGCUAGGCCUCUCUCAUUUUGCUCAGUACAGAAGGAAGCAAGCCAACUUAGCCUCUGUUCAAGCAGUGGAUUGUUUUAAUAUUCAACUUAAAGAACUUCCUUCAAGAGAAACCCAGCUUACAAGUCUCCAGAGUAAUACUGAGUUUGAUAUUCUUGUUAUUGGUGGAGGAGCAACAGGAGCUGGCUGUGCAUUAGAUGCUGUUACAAGGGGACUAAGAACAGCCCUUGUAGAAAGAGAUGAUUUCUCAUCAGGGACCAGCAGCCGAAGCACUAAGCUGAUCCAUGGUGGGGUGAGAUAUCUUCAGAAGGCCAUAGUGAACCUGGAUUAUGAGCAGUACAGGAUGGUGAAAGAUGCACUUCAUGAGCGUGCCAACCUGCUCGAGAUUGCUCCCCAUUUAUCUCAUGCAUUACCUAUAAUGCUUCCAAUUUACAAGUGGUGGCAGUUACCUUACUACUGGAUAGGAAUAAAGCUGUAUGACCUGGUUGCAGGAGCAAAUUGCCUGAAAAGCAGUUACGUCCUUAGUAAAUCAAGAGCACUUGAACAUUUUCCAAUGCUGCAGAAGGACAAGCUGGUUGGAGCUAUUGUCUAUUAUGAUGGACAACACAAUGAUGCAAGGAUGAACCUUGCCAUCGCACUUACUGCUGCCAGGUAUGGGGCUGCCAUAGCCAAUUAUGUUGAAGUGAAGAAUUUGUUGAAGAGGAAGGAUCCAGUAAGUGGGAAGCUUCAAGUAUGUGGUGCACGAUGCAUGGAUAUGUUAACAGGGUGUGAAUUUGAAGUGAGAGCCAAAUGUGUUAUCAAUGCUACGGGACCUUUCACAGACACACUGCGCAAAAUGGAUAAUCAGUGCACUGAAAACAUCUGUCAGCCAAGUGCUGGGGUACACAUCGUGAUGCCUGGUUAUUACAGCCCAGAGAACAUGGGACUGCUUGACCCUGCUACUAGUGAUGGACGUGUUAUUUUCUUCUUGCCAUGGGAAAAGAUGACCAUAGCUGGAACAACUGACAGUCCAACUGAUAUAACUCCUCACCCUAUUCCUUCGGAGGAAGACAUUAACUUUAUCUUGAAUGAAGUACGCAACUACUUAAGUUGUGAUGUUGAAGUGAGAAGAGGGGAUGUCCUAGCUGCUUGGAGUGGAAUUCGGCCUCUUGUUACAGAUCCUUCAUCUAAAGAUACCCAGUCAAUCUCUCGAAAUCAUGUUGUUGAUACCAGUGAUAGUGGCCUUAUUACUAUAGCAGGUGGAAAAUGGACCACUUACCGUGCGAUGGCUGAAGAUACCAUAGAUGUUGCUGUCAAAAAUCACAAUUUUAAAGUAGGGCCAAGUAGGACAGCUAACCUUUUCUUGCAGGGUGGUAAGGAGUGGAGCCCUACUAUGUACAUUAGACUGGUUCAGGAUUAUGGACUUGAAAAUGAGGUGGCUCAACAUCUUGCUUCUACUUAUGGUGACAAGGCCUUCGAGGUAGCCAAAAUAGCAAGUGUAACGGGAAAAAGAUGGCCCAUUGUUGGAAUACGUCUUGUGUCUGAAUUCCCAUACAUUGAAGCAGAGGUGAAAUAUGGAAUCAAAGAAUACGCAUGCACAGCAGUAGAUAUAAUUUCACGCCGCACUCGACUUGCCUUUCUGAAUGUUCAGGCUGCAGAGGAAGCUCUACCUAAGAUUGUUGACCUGAUGGCAAAGGAACUGAAUUGGUGUGAAGAAAGGAAAAAGGAAGAACUUGAAUGUGCAACAAGAUUUCUAUACUAUGAAAUGGGCUACAAGUCUCGGUCAGAGCAGCUAACGGACUGUUCUGAAAUUAGCCUACAACCUUCUGAUAUUGAGAGGUACAAAAAGAGAUUUCACAUGUUUGAUAAAGAGCAAAAAGGCUUUAUUACCAUAAUUGAUGUUCAGCGUGUACUUGAGAGUAUUGAUAUUCAAAUGGAUGAAAAUACACUACAUGAAAUUCUCAAUGAAGUAGAUUUAAAUAAAAAUGGAUUGGUUGAACUCCAUGAAUUUUUACAGCUGAUGAGUGCUGUUCAAAAAGGAAUGGUAUCUGGAAGCCGUCUGGCAAUACUCAUGAAGACUGCUGAAGAGAACCUGGGUUCAAGAUCUUCAAUUCCAGUGGAUCGGAGUUGUGGAGGAUUUUAAAUCAAGAUAAAGAUGACUUGUAUCUCCCUGAACCUAAUGCAGUAGGACACUGACUUCUUGUGCUUAGGAACCUUCAGAUUCUCUCGCCAGAUCUGCAUUUGUUAAAUACAUCACAAUUGUGCAUGUUUAGCUAUGUGUGGAGUCUUGUAUCAUCAGCUUUCUCCUAAAAUCUGCUGAUUCUGAACCUGCAUUUCUUCACAACUUCCAGAAACUUGUCUUGAGAAUCAGCUGGUGCCAACUUUUUUUUUAAAACUGAGAAUAAAGCAUACAAGCAUUUUGUGUCAUGUCUAAAUUAACACUGAGGUAUUAUCUGAUAAUAACUUUUGGAAAAAUCAAGUACUUCUGAAACCAAUUCCAGUUAGUCUUAUAAAGUGACUUUUGAGAUCCUUUUUAAAGGGAUUCAGCUAAGAAAAAAAAUCCUGUCUAUAGUGAAAACUUUGUACGCUAUGACUAAAAAUAAUUCCCUGCUCUAGUAGUAAUAGUAAUAGUGAUAAUAGAAGAUUAAUUUAUAGACCAUAGUUGUCUGCUACAUACCCCGAGUAUUAUAUCUUGCUUUCAGUCAGUGUAUCCUGAGUGGAACCUUAGGAUUUCUCCUGCAUACCUUUUUAUUCUGCUUUAAAUUCUGGCAUUGUUUGGUCUGCUUGGUAUGUGGAAUGCUAGCUCUCUCUUGUACAUUGCUAAAAACUGCAUUCUUAUUACUGAUAGGUUAAAAAAUGCAAGGGUCGAUUAUUGAAUUAAUUAUCAUCUCACAUUUUAUGUAUUUAAUAAAAAGCUGUUGGCACAUGAAUGUAAUAAUGGUGAAGUGAAUGCAGUUAUAUCUUUGUGCUGUUUUGCAUUAUUUCAGUCCUAUGGGUGGUCCAGAGGAGAACCUGUCCUUCCUAUGUAUGAAAUCAGAAACAAAAUACAACAGCUACAAGCUCUGUGUUGGCCUGGAUAGACAUACUGCAUGUUUUUACAUGUGGCACUUUUAUGUAUUGUGUUAGGUUAUUGUUCUAGAUUGGACUGUUAAAUACUGUGUUUGAAUCUGGGUUGUCAUUUUUAUAACUGUCUUGGUGUUUUAUUGCCAUUAUUUAUUACUUUUGAUAUACAGAAUGAGCUGCAUGCAUUUAUAGAGCAAUAAGAGGAUGUGUUUAAUGUGCCUUGUUUUUAACUGAAUAAGAACUGAAAGCAUGAAUCAAUAAAACUGAUUAAAAUGGUC